AUGAUCACCAUGCCGCAUUUCCACCAUAAGAGACGUCAUUCCUGGCCGUACUGCGGCUCGGGGAUGCGUCUUCGCGAACGACGUAACCUGCCCAUCAUCACGGUGACAGCGCCGCCCGAUGGGCUCGAAUUUGAAAGCCAGUUCAUGACCCCGGUGCAAUCUGGAGAGCUGUUUGAGGAUGACGCCGCAUCUGCCGGGAUUAUUCGUUCUCAGCCAGCUCAUCCACACCGACUUUGGCAUCAUCACUCUAAAGACGGAGCAAGACACGACCAGACCAGUGCCGCCACCGUCUCGCUGCGUAAGAUGAUGCAACCCCCACUGGACAGGGCCCGGUCACUCUUGGUUUUACCCACGAUGCUGUCCAGAGAGACAGUGCCGCUUCCGUACUGGAUUCAUCGACUCUCCGCGCAUCCCAUAGCCACCAACGAGAAGAGAAAGACUCGAGAUGGCGAGCGAGGCCGUCUGAUGAUCGAGAAGAAUCACCGACGCUGCCACUCGGAGCGACCGCGCUCUUGGAAACAGCCAAGCGAGAAACUGUGGCCGCUACAGGAGGAGUAG